ACAAGCUUUGCCAUGGCGGCCUUCGAAGCUGAAGCUUUUGAGGAGGUGCACCAGGUGGUGGCGCAGCUUGUCAGCGGCCAGCAUGUGCUGGAAGCAGAGGCUUUUGACCAGUUCAGAAAAUGCAAGGAGGCUCUGUCGAAACCCUUCACCUUCCGCAGCCGGGAGGAUACCAUGGACCUUCCAAGCUUGGCAAGGUACACGAUGGCGGAGAGGCCACGGCUUGCGACAGAGCCUUUGGUGAAAAUUGUUGACGAAGUCAGUCGCACCCUCCGACUGCACCAAAGUGAUUGCUGCACGCUUGUAGAGAGAGCUCUGGGCCUUGGGGUGGGUUUGCAGGAGGUGCCGCGGAAGUGUGCAGCCAUCUACUACAGAGAAUGCCAUUUCCAGGCCCUCUGCCUACAUGACAUGAGUCAAGGGUUGGCUCGAAGCACUCCUCAGAAAGCGAGCGUUGCUUUCUUUGGCCUUUUGGGAGGAAAGAAAUGCAUAGCUGCAUUGUUUGAAGCUCUGGGGCUUCUUCUUCGAGACCUCACUGGAGAUCGAGCGGGAGAUCAAGCGUUUCUGCUUCAUGCUGGGACCAUGAUCCAACUGCUGGUGGAGACCUUGUUGGCGUACUUUACGGCUUUCCAAGCAACGUUGGAAGAGGCUGAGCUUGUCCUCUCUCUGCUUCCCCAUGUAGUUACAUCGCAGCACGCUCCUAUUGGGCAAGGUUUCACGGUGUCUGAUCUGGACCUUGUCCUACGGGAGGAGCACAAUGAUGUCAGCAUAAAGCUUUGUUUGGUCUUGGUUUGCAUGUGUCAUACACAGGCUGAAUCCAAACUGGACCCAGCCAAGUUGAGAGAGGAUUCGCUACCUUCACAACUGCGCCUGCAGGAGCUUUCUGCAACGAGUGGAAACCUGCUCUCGGGUCCUUUUGGUCAGAAAUUACGCGCAGGGAGCUACUGGAAUGAAGAAAGCCAGCUGGGUCAAUUCCUUUGCUUCGCAAUAAGCGGAGUCCUUCUUGAAGAUGAUCAUGCACUUCGGGGUGGCUAUGUGCGGUGGCACAUUUUCCACUUUAUCCUGCAUGAGGUACUCAUGUCGGGCGUUUCCGUGCCAGAUACGUGCUCUGGGUCUCUGGUUUUGCGCUGCUUGAACGAACUUUUACAGCGAGCUUUGCUUCCGGUCGGACGGCGUUGGACAGCUAUCAAAAAACUGGAAGCGCAAGCAGUGUCGAUGCGGCUCUUGGCUGCGGACUCUUUGCAGAUCUAUGCCCUGCAGGUUUUGAAUCGCUUGUGCAGGGUGCAUCCUCAAGCAUGCGAAGCAUUCCGCGAUGUGGCCCUGCAAUGCACAGAUUCCUUUCAUUUGUCACUGAAUCGUUCUUCUGAAGCUUUCAAUCCUUGGUCAAACGGGAAUGGAGUGCGUAACAACGCAGUUGGAAGCGGAGGAAUGCAGCAGGUGGGGGUGGCUGGAACAAUGACUGGUGCACGCCAUGACAACACGAUGCUUUAUGCGGAGAUUUUGGACCUCAUCGCUACCAUUUGCAGUCGAGGGUCCUUGCAAAAUGCAAGCCUCGUUUGCCAAAAGCUUUUGUCGCAUAGCAACCAGUGGUUCAACUGGAGUUUCCUCUUGGACACCCUGAUGCAGCAGGCAAGAACUCCUGCACAGCACGGUGGCGGAACUUCGUUCUCAGCAGAUGCUGUGACUGUUGCACUUUGUCAUUUGGUUUCUGGUGCCUGCGGCAGCCGACUGCUCGUUGUGCAGCCAACAGUGCAGCCCAUUGCGCAGAGCCUCAACUCAGGCAUGGCGUCUUCCAUGGGUGACCCAUGGGGGCGUGCAGAAAACACUGCAAACAUUUUAGUUGAGCUGCUUUCGACUCAUCCCGAGCCCGCUGUCAAAGCAGCCUGUCUGGGUGCGCUCGGAAAUCUAGACCUGCCUCCCCCACAGGUAAGUCGAAUGAUCCUAUCCUCGGUUCUGGCAGCGGUGCCAAGCCUUGUGCCAUUCCUGGAGCAGCCAAAAUCUUGUGAUGGUGCUGUGGCAAUUGAAUUGCUGGCUUGCGCCCUUCGAUUCUUGCAGGCAGUGCCUAUCAACAAAGGGCGAUAUGGCUUGGAUCUACAGCCAUUCACCCAUGUGGUGAUUCAUCAGGUGAUCCUCAAGACCCUGUCCGAGCCGUCUGCAUUUAGCAGUGCCCGGUACUGGAGACUGGCUGCACUCUCUCUCCGGUGGUUGCGUUUGGUGCUGCGAGGGCCUUUGCCGCUGAGUGGGUCUUCAGCACUGAAUAUGUUGAUAGUGAGGCCAUACAGUGAUUGCGAUGCCACUGCAGCAGAAGUGGCCGCGCGAUGCGCUGCAGGAAAUGCAACAGCCUAUGCAUUUCGGUGUCUCUUGAGCUUGGAUUCUCCAAUAUUUGCACGAGUGCUGAAUCUCACACUCCUUCAGGGACGGAGCAUGGAUGGGCUAGCAAACAGAAGGAAAGGAGGAGCAGCCUAUCCUUACAUGGAGCAAUGCGUGUCGUAUGGCUUGGAUGUGGUGAGAAUCCUUUUGCAGCGAGAUGUGGUUUUCUCCCGGCUUCAUGCGCAGCAUGCAUCCGAGCGUGCCAGCAGUUGGGGCACUGCGAGCCUUCAGGAUGGCCCGAUCCAGCCGACGCACAAGUUGCUAUUGGCAGAGUUUGCGUUUGCAUAUCCUCCUGCAGACUUGGGGGCAGGUCGAGGCAACUCCUACGCUGGCUUCAACCCGUUUUGGUCCCAAAGACCACGUGUGGAGACAGAGGUCUUCGACGCUCAAACAGGGCAGCGACACAAUCCAAGCUACCUCGCGUUGCUCCUGGAAUUUAUGGGUGCACGUUUGCACAAUGGCAUUGGUCGCUUGGCUCUCUAUGUGUUCAUGCAGUGUGCUUUCCGAGAGCCGAAGAGGGUGUUGCGGCUGUUGCAGCUGGAGCCAUGGAGGCUGCAAGCAAUCAGCACUGCCAUACAUGACAAAAUUGUGCAGCCUGAUGGAGAAGAAGCGGCGGAAGAAGCAAUUGCAGCAGCAAAGUCACAAGGUCGCAACUGGGACAAGCACAGCGAAGCUGACUUUGCCCUCGAGGCUAUGGAGAUUGAUGCUUCUCCUGACUUGUGCCAUUUAGAUGUGGCUUCUUCUGAGACGGGUUUGCCAAUCUGCCGAUCAGUUGACCUUUUACAGCAGCUUGCUGAGGAUUCAGUGGUUCAGGCAGCUGAUGUUGCAGUUUGGGCACGUGGAUCCUCUGCUGAAGGAUCUGAUGCUGGCGUUUCGGCAUUGCGUGGCUGCGCCUCAUCUGAUUCAGCAACCUUCAGAGCUGCUUACCUCAGAGGCUUUGACAUUCCUGCUGCAUGGCUCUCCGCUGGUGCUGCUGCGAUUGUGGCCACCCUCAAUGAUGAGCACAUGGUGCAGCUGCCUUUUGCUGCAUUGACCACAGAAUCUGGCCGGUUGUUGACCCUUCGGUUGUUUCUGCUGCUACUUGGAGAUUCCGAAAGCUCAGCUCAACAGCUUGGGCAACUUCUCCUAGGAUUGGAUCCCACGGCAAGGACAGUCACAGGAAUGAUUGACAUGGAUCCAACACGAAGCGGAAAUCCAGCACCUUUGGACGCCCUGAUGUUGCUGUUAGAGAAUCCACCUAACUUACCAGCUUGGAUUGACAGUGGAGGUCCAAGGCCUUCUGGCAGCAAGGCUUUGCAGCCACACAAUGCAACACAGCCAGAGGUUCAACAGGCGAUGCAGAACCAUAGCGCAUACGAAGCUUCACUGUCCAUCGUGCUCAGCCUUCUGGCCAUGCCUGCCCUGCGGGAUGUAAUUUUGCGCUACGUAUGUCAUGCAUGGACAUCACGGUACAAGGUGUUGAAAAACCUUCUGGCUGUGCCGUGGUCUUCAUUGACUUCCAUGCUGCGCAGGAUCUUGCUGUCUGAGGCAGCGCUCAUUCUGCAGGUAUGCUCUUGGGAAAUGCGAUUGGUGUGGCCUGCUGGACGGCCUCCAGUGGGACAGCAGACAACUGACAUUGUCGGGCAGCAGUGCCUUGACAUGAAGAUGAAUGUCUCGGAGCAUCUGCAGGAGGUGGUUGCUGAUCUGGUCUCGUCCAAAGACACUGGUGUGUCAGCGCACACCGCCACGCCGUAUUUGAUCGGCACUGCUUUGCGGCUGGCCGACGCCUGCGACGUCAUUGACGCAGUGGUUGGGUCUGCAGCACUACAGGGCUCACUGCUGUUUGGACGUGAUGCAAUGCAGGAGCACCUUCGAGCCUCCACUUGCCAGUGCAUGGCUCCGGACAAAGCUGGUGGUGGUCUAACUCGAAGUCUGGAGUUGCAGGAUCCUUUUGUGCUGCUGCACUUGUCUGGCGUGAGCUACCAAUUGAGCGCAACAGAGUCAGAAGGCGAUCGCUCUAGAUUUGCAGAGGAUUUGAAGCGGCUUGGAUCUCGAAAUGAAUAUGCCUGUUUUGCCUUCUACACAGAGCAAGCUUGCAAGUCGCUCGCUGUGUUCGCUGCGGCUGCCCUAUGUCAUUUGGUUGGGAGACCGCCAGCCAUGAGCUCUGCAUCUGCUGCAAGUGACUCCAGAGCGCAGGCUGCCCGAGCGCAUCUCGAAGCGCUGCUUCCGGCAAUGGCAGCUGAAGAAUCUGGAGCAGAAGCACCCCGAAGAUUGGAGCUUUUGUCAGGUCUGGCAACUGCCUUUCUGGCGGCCAUGCUGGAGCGUUCCGAGGCUCCACCGCUCGCCUUCGUGCGAAGAGUCUAUGGGUUGCUCAGCGGGGCCUUGGUUCGGCCAUUGUCUCGGGAGUCUCGCAGGAACUUGGAGGAGGCGCUGCUGCUUCUCUUGCAGCGGAUGUUGCCCGACCCCGCGUUGGAGGCGGCUCAAGGUCUACAGCCCUCUUUCCUUGAGGCGCAGGACCUACAAGAACUCUCCCAGCUGUUGACAUCCUUGAUGGCCGCUGCCGUUGCAGAGGUGGAGAUGUUUGAGGAGACACGCCAGGGAGUCGCUCUGCCGCUGAUGUGUGCACUCCUCACCCGAGUACCUGCGAAGCAGAGAUCCCAGGUCUUCAAAGGUCGGCUUUGGCAGCAGCUUACAGAACUCAUUGGUUCAGAUCGUAUAGAGCAGGAUCAGAAUCGAGCAGAUCGAGGAGUACAGAGAUACCAAAGUGCAGCUCUUGCUGCAGUUCUUUGCCAAGCACCUGAAGCAGCCAGCGCCUUUUUUGAAGCUGCAGGCUUCUCAGCCAUUCUGCGGUCAGAGAUGCUGGGCUGCAGGAUGAGAUUGGCUCCUGCAGGAUUGCAUGCAUUGGACACAACCCACCCGGCAUCCCUGGUAGCAAUUUUGCAAGUGAUUGUCUCCACCCUUGGCGUUCUUCCAACGCAUUCAUUAGUUUUACACAGCACUCUGCAGUGGCUUGAGAAACAUCUGCAGCCUCUACUUGAUGUCGUGCAAUGGGUCACCCGCUUGCCGAUGACAUUGUCUGCUGAGCCCAGACGGGCUGGACAUGUUUCGCUUCUGUCAUCGAUGGUUUCCGCUUUGGCAGCAAGAAGUGGGGGCAGUGCCGGCCGCAGUGGUCCGGAUGCUAUGCUUGUGCAUUGCCGCUUUCUUCAAGCAAGCAGCGCAAACAGCUCUGCAGACGCUUCCGUUGACACUUUGGCUUUUUCCCUCAGCGGCCGACGUGCACUGGGUGUCGCUUCAGGGACAGCGACAGAGGAACAAGUGCUGCAAGUGGAAGGAGUUGCUUUGUGCUAUCGAUGUGUCUCUUUGUUCAUUGAGCUGUGGUCUUUGUUAACUUCAGCUGUUGGAAGAGUCAAAGGCUCAGCUGCUGGCAUGGCUUCGAUGGCUUCGCAAGAUCCAUACUUGAGCAAACUUCAGCAGCUUGAGGUCAUGAUCCGCCCAGCUCUGCCUGGUCUCACAAUGCAAGUGGUCAGUGCAUGUCCAGCAGAUCAAAACGACAUGUCGGAUUCGGGCACACCACUUCUGAUGGAAAGCAUGCUACCUUCCGAGUCAACAAAGCUUAAGAUUUGUUCCAAUGUUCUUCACGUGUGGAGACAUGAUGGCAUUACCCAACACAUCAAGGCGCUGGCAUACAAAGGACCACAACCUCCAGGGGGCUUCGGGGGCUUCGGGGGCGUCCAGCAAAGUUUCCAGAGCCUAUCAGGAUCGGGGCUAUCAUCAGCCUCGGCCGCGGCACAAACCUUUGGCCCUUUGCGCUCUGGUGUUCUCGUCUCGCAGGAUGUCGUUUCAGAAGCCAAUCUGCGUGCGGGUGUUCUUUGCGCGAUCUUUGUGCAUGCUACUUCUAGCUUGCUGAAUUUGAAACUGUCAGAUUCUGCAGUGCCUUCAAAGGAGGGAGUGAACAAAGUGAGCGAUUUUAGACAGGGGAAUAGCCACCAGAUCCACUUCGACGGUGCAGCAAUGACUUUUCGCCAUUUGCUCUUUAUCGUCGAGACUUCCCUUCACUUGCUUUGCCUCCAUUUGACGCUGCUAACAACUGCGGCCGAUUUAGAAGGUUCCAACAGUGGAAGCACUGGACGACAAGCACCCUCGCUGUCAGCUGGAAUACCUCGACUAGCCGUGGUGGGACAAUAUCUCCGCCUGGUGAUUGAGUUUGCAGCAGCAUCCGGCAGCUCAGUGGCGUUACUGUCAACUGACGAUCGAUCGCGUGAGACUGGAACUAUUUCCAACCUCUUGUCCCUUUCAUUCGCCGCCAAUGUAGCAUCCACAGCCGAAAAGCUGGUUGCCCAGUUGCAACUGCAGCAAGGUGGCUUAUGAAAA